AUGUGUCACUACAGCUAUCUUUGCUUACAUCACCUGUAUGUCUUGACAGGAGCAGCUUAUAAGGAGCAGACAGUACGAGGUGUGGAGGCAGAGACAGACUACUUGGCUGUCUACCUAGAGCAGCUUCUAAAGGAGCAGACAGUACGAGAGGUGGAGGCAGAGACAGACUACUUGGCUGUCUACCUAGUGCAGUUUGGGGACAGUCCUCUGUCUUUACAGCACUUACGAGAAGUUCGGCAAUACUGUCUCAAUGACUAUCGUCAGCUGCUGGUUGACAGGGCUAACAAGAUGCAACUUAAAUUUGAUAAGGUGUCAGAGGAACUUCAAGCCAGACACCAGUGGUACGACAAUCUAGGAAUGAACGCGUCACACGAUGACGAGGAGGCGUAUGUUGAGGAAGUGAGAAGGAUUGCAUUCAAAUUGCACACUCUUGAGCUGAGACUACUCAGGCACAAAGACUUGGCUUCUGCUCGCUAUCAGAUGCUGGAAGAUUGGCUACAACGUGACCCUAGGAUGGCACCUCUCUACAACUAAUGACUGCUUCUUGUCAUAUUUUUAUAACCUUUACAACCACAAUUUUUCCAAAAAAUUUGUUUGCACUUUCUAAUUAAUAAAGAUUUAGGGCAACUAGGAGUCAAGCUCCUGAUGUUAUAAGAGGUAAUGGUAAUUUCAUUACAUUUUAUGAGAGAUUUCAAAAUCUAAUUUUAUGUAUGGACUAGAUUUGUUAAAUGAAUUCAAUUAGGCCAUUGAUUAAAGACCAAAUUAACAACAAAACUGGGGCGGUGUUAUUAUUUUACAUUUCUCUAAACCCUAAUUACUGACAACUUUUUCAUGUUAUUACUGAACCAAACUUUCUUAGUACCUUUAAAUUUUC